AUGUCAGUAAGAAAAUCACCUCCCCCUUCUGGGCCAGGAUCAGCGAUUAUCAAACGAGCCAGGGUGGACGAUGGGGAAGAUGAGGAUAACAACACGAUGACCAUGACGGUGGCUUCCAGCGGUGAGGGUCAGAGGAAGAAUGCUCUGAUACGGAGUGUCAAGAGGACGAGUGGGCUGGAAGCCCCCAUCGUGUCGUUGACGGGUGCUCACGGAGGAGAAAUCACAGCUUGUAAAUUCGACCCAUCAGGUCAGACGUUAGCUGCAUGCUCAGUAGACAGGAGUAUAUCGUUAUGGGAAACAUACCCACCACAUGAUAACUACGGUAUCAUACCGAACGUACACAAGACCGCUAUUCUAGAUAUUGCAUAUUCGUUAGACUCAGAGACUAUUUAUUCGGGUUCAGCAGACGGUAUCUUAAUAUCCACCGACCUCCGAACCGGCUCCCGAAUAUCCAAGUACUCUGCCCACUACGGCCCCAUCAACAGUAUCGCAGUGACCAUCUCCGGCGGACGUGAGUUGGUCUUGACAGGUGGAGAUGAUGGGAUAGCUAGAGUGUGGGAUUUCUCGUUGGACUCCAAGCAGAAUCCAGUAGCUGAAUUUGAUGAUGAGAGGGACUGUCCGGUGACGGCUGUGGAAUGGAGUAAAGAUGGGAAUCAGUGUUUUGUUGGUGGGGUGGAUAACGAGGUCAAGGUAUGGGACCUUCGUUCCUCCUCUAUCCUAUACACCCUCCGCGGUCAUACCGAUACGAUCUGUUCCCUCUCCCUCUCCCCUUCAGGCGACUACCUCGGUACCUAUGGCCUGGACUCGCUAUUAAUCAUAUACGAUGUCAAACCCUUCUCAUCCGAUCCAAUGAGAGUAUAUAGAUCGUUAACGGGAGCACCAGCAGGAUUUGAAAGUUCGUUAAUCAAGUUGGCAUGGACGAGACAUGAUAAUGGGUCUAGAAUCGCUGUAGGAGGUGGAGAUAGGUCAGUAACCGUUUGGGAUGUAGAUACGGGAAAGAUAGCGUACAAGUUGCCGGGACAUAAGGGAACAGUCACGGCGGUUGAUUUCCAUCCUAGAGAACCAAUCAUUCUGACAGGAUCGAAAGAUUCGAACAUGUUACUGGGCGAAUUAGAUGCUACAGAAGCGUUAUAG